ACUGUCAUGAUGCAGAAUAAGCAACAACAAUCACCAUCAGGCUAUCGUCCUAUUGUUCCAGCUACAUCUACCCCAGUAUACGUUCCUGUAUCACCCUAUCAUUUGCCUCAAGCUACUUUGCCUCCUUUCGAAACACCUCCAGCCUCUCCUUUCUCUCAACCAAUGCAUAACUAUAAUGGGCAAUCAGUUUUUAAACUUCCACCUCCUAUGCAACCUUUAUCACCUGCAGCCCUGCACGGCUGUCAACCGAUGUUGCCAUCUUCAAAUUCCAAUAUUGUUCAUCAACAUAAUGCUCACCCUGCAAACAUUGCUUUGGAAAUAUCACCAAUUCAUCGACCAACAAUGCAACAUCAUACUUCAGUUAUUCACACUCUUACUUCACCCCAUCUUUCUCCUGAUAAACCCCUUACCACUGCAGAUCAACGUGAAUUGGCUCGUAAAGUUUCUCAUUCGGCUAUCGAGAGGCGCCGUCGUGAACGUAUUAAUGAUAAAAUAAUGCAAUUAAAAGAUUUAAUUCCAAGUUGCGCAGACCAAGAUCAUUUAAAUAAAUUAUGUAUUUUGCAGAGUUCCAUCGAAUACAUUGAGUAUCUACAAGAUCUGGUUAUUACCUACCGACAACGAGAAAAGGAUGGUGGCAAAACCGAUGAUAAUAGAUCAUCAGAAGAUGGUCGAGUCGUUAAACGGUCUAAAUUUGACCGAUAUGAUAUUUUACCAUCAUCAAAAUUAUCUUCAAGAUUCGAACCUCUUGAUGAUAACAAAGAAUAUAGACAUAAAAAAUCAGUUAGCUCUUCCACUUCCUCAGAUCAAGCGAUGAAUACAGAGAAAGUUAACAGCGAAGAUAAUGACUCUACGAUAAAGACUGCUGUAUCAGAUACACCAACGUCACCCGAUUCUGAAGAUGCUGGCGCUUUAUUGUUGUCCUCUACUGCACAAAAAUCCAAGGAAAUAAUAAAAUCGGCCUCUACU